UUUAUUCACAUUAUUAUUCUCAUAUUUUUAUUGUUUAAACAUUCAAAUUUCAUUUUUUUAGAUCCUCUGGCUUCUAUCACAUUUUCUUUAAAGCUAUAGCCUUUUUUUUAUAAAUUCUACAAAUUCUACAAAUGAUGACCGACGCAGAGUUCACGCGAAAAAUGGACGAUAUCUUCGAGAGCUUUUCGAUCCCAGUACAGUUGCAGUCCCAAAUUCAGCAAGAUAAAACUUUGGAUAAAAUAACAAAGAUCGUUAAAGAUGCGUCGAAAAAACAACUGCAAUCCCGGCACCCACAUAUGCUUGUCACAAGCAUAUUAAGGAUUCUGUUAUAUUAUGAGAAAAUGCUGCACAUGAAUGGACUGUGUAACUGGAAGCGUCGACGAAAGUUCAGGAACGCACGGAACUGUUAUCACGCUCUAUUAAAGAUCUAUUUGCCGGAAAAAGUGCGGGAGAUUGUGGAGACACUCGUGGAGGCCAUCUACCACGAUCAGCUCUGGAAGUUCGAGACUUUCUGCUUUGAUGUGAUGCGCGAUCUGCUCGACAUUAGCCCGGACAGUGCCGGACUGAUUGUUCACGCAGUUUGGAAUAAGUUGACGUUGCCUGAGAUCGGCAUCGAGGAUGCUCGCGGCAUCAUUAGGAUAUUAUAUGAGCUUCUAAAUGUAUACGUAUGGCCAGCAACACUAGACACCGUGCUGAUAGUGGAAAAGAUGCUGAGCCUCUUCCAUGCCAGUAUAAUUGCACGACUGACGAUGAUAUCCGAAUCACCCUCCGUCACCGAUCUCUCUGUGACGCCAUCGCCGUCGCCACCGUCAUCGUCACCGCUUGCGAGCCUCAAGAACGGCCUGGAGAUUUGUCUGAGGAAUAUUAUGAAACAUCUGUCAAACAAUCAGCUGCUGGUGGUUGUGUAUCAUAUGUGCUCGUGGAUGGCAGCUGCGGAUGCUACUGAUGAAUUUGUUCUGGAAUUCGGUAGCACCCUAGAAUACGCCGCUUAUAUGCACCAGGCAGACCUCUAUGAGCAGACUCUCACGCCGAUGAUUUUUCCACUGCUGAUGCGAAUGAUAGGCUCAUCCAAUCGACUGAUCAGCCUACUGGGUAACCGAGUGCUGCAAUACCUAAUAGAUCGCAAGGACAACCGAGCGAUCUUUGAUACACCCAAGAUCUUUUUCGAGCACGCGCGUCUUGCUAUGCGCGUACCGCAAUGCCGUAGAGAGGAUCGACUGUUUUUCAAGCUGCACCGUGAGGUGCUGCACGAUAGUUUGCUAAGGAGUCUAGUGGAUCAUGCAGACUCACGGAUGAAUCUCGAAACAACAUACUGUACACUUUGUCUGAUCGCCAUUGAAGUACCAUGUGGCUUCACGGCUGCUGCUCUAGUCUGCCUCGUUAUGAAUCUACAGGAGAUUGCCUUACAGUGGCAGAACAACAGCAUAGAGGUAACUUGUCAUAUACAUGCCACUGUCAUCUCUGUUAUGUCCCUCAUAUGCUGGAUACACAAGGCAAAAGUAUUCUACAGUUAUGUAAACAGAAUCGUGAUGGAAAGAGCGCAAUGGGCACCACAUCUGAAUCCUCCCAUCCAGUCUCAAUACAACUUCGCAGUGCACCAUGUUCUCUGGAACAAGCCAGAGUUGUUCUUUGCCGACUGGGAGGCUCGGUACGGCCUCUGGAAAUGCUUCCGCCUCGCCCCUGACAGUCGUGACGUUAAUAUGACCCGAGUUACAAUUGAAUAGAACAACCCAUAAGAUGAAUCUGUAAUUCACGAGAUCGUCUCUUCCUGAGAACUUUACUGUAUUCCGCCUGAAAGAAAAAAAA